GCCACCGACUCGCCGUCAGACAGACAGAGCGAAACAGAGGGAAAACCCACCGAACAAACCGCGUCGAGUCUUCCUAAUCCCGCCCGUCUCUGCGCUGUCUCUGGGCGGUCUCCAAGCUCCGCCGCCCCGCGGCGCGACACUAAUUUAGUUGGAGCAGUAACACCUGGGCUUGAGCUUGCAAGCACCACCAGCGCGGACGUCGUGGCGCGCAUGUGGGCGGCCUGUACAUCCCGCGUCCCGUCUCCACCGCCUUCGUCGCCGUCGCCGUCGGCCUAGAUCCAGCACGCCCCCGAGCUUCCAUUGCCAUAGAGGCCGCCACCUUUCCCGCGGACAAAGCGUCGGCUGCCGCGAGUUCCUGCUUGCGGUGGGGACCGCGAUGGCUGCGGACCGCGGGCUCCUGCUGCUGCUCCUCUCGGCCGCCGCCCUUGCCGCGGUGGCCUCCGCCGCUGGCCCUUUCUUGUCCGAUGGCGUGUUCCAGGCUAGCGCCGGAUCUACGGGCAGGAGCUUGCUGCAGGCCAAGAAGAAUUGCGCCAUGAACUUUGAGUUUCAAAACUACACAAUCAUCACAAGCAAGUGCAAAGGGCCAAAAUUUCCUGCUGACCAAUGCUGUGGGGCCUUCAAGGAAUUCGCAUGCCCGUUCCGUGAUUACAUCAACGACGACAGUAGCGACUGUUCAUCAGCAAUGUUCAGCUACAUCAACCUCUACGGCAAGUACCCCCCAGGACUGUUUGCCAACAUGUGCCGUGAGGGCAAGGAGGGGCUUGCCUGCACAGAUGCCCAGAGCGCCGUCGCUGCCAAUGGUAGCCAACGAGCCCAAAGCCGCUCGCUUGUUUUGGUUACCCUCGCGUGUGGAUUGGUAGCAUUGUUGUUCCACUGAAUGAUGAUGCCUUCAAUUUCGCCAAAGAUGGUGUUUUUGUAACUGAUGAGGCUCAAGUUCAUUCUCUGCGCCUUAUGGUGCUAAAAUAGUAAAAUUGUGGGUGGGUCUCAGAGUUUCUUCCUUUUGUGUAAAGUCUUUCUUCAUGUAAUUUAUGACAGAUUGCAUAUUCUAUGGGCUUCCACCUGUCGAUGCCGAAUUACAACAUUGAGACUCAAUCACUGUACCAUUGUAUUGUGACCGUUGCAUUAAAUUAAAUUGAAUUCAUACCAUUCAUUCAUGCAAA